CUUCUUCCCCUCGUUAGCAGCGCACUGCUGUAGCAGAGCGGAGCUGAGCUGACGCUGCCAUGGCGGGCAGACAGAGGGCGCUGCAGCGCAGUACCGCCUCCAUCCGUCCCUCCGACAUGGCGGCCGUGCCCCGCCACCGCCGCUUCCUGGGCGGCUUCAUCUGCGGGGCUGCGGCGGGAGCCGCCGCUUCGUGCUGGGCAGCGUGGCGGCUCCUGCGGAGCCAGAGCCAAGCGGAGCCGAGCCCCGAGCGAGCCCUGCCCGAGGAACCAGUAGAAGAGUCUCUGCUGGAAAAAUACGGAUUCCCUGAAGCUGGAACAGAGACCAGAUGUUACACAAAUCAUGCGCUGUCUUAUGACCAGGCCAAGCGGGUGCCUAGAUGGGUGAUUGAACAUAUUUCAAAACAGAAGAUGCUGGGCAAUGCAGACCGAAGGCACUGUAAAUUCAGACCAGAUCCUAACAUCCCUCUGAUGUUCAGUGCUGUCAAUGAAGACUACCUUGGGAGCGGGUGGUCACGAGGACACAUGGCACCAGCAGGAGAUAACAAAUUUUCAACAAGAGCCAUGGCUGAGACGUUUUAUCUCUCUAACAUUGUGCCUCAGAACUAUGAAAAUAAUGCUGGAUUUUGGAACAGAAUGGAAAUGUAUUGUCGGGAAUUGACGGAAAGAUUUGAGGAUGUUUGGGUGGUUUCUGGACCUCUGACCUUGCCUCAAACAAAUGACGAUGGGAAGAAGCGUGUUACAUACCAGGUAAUUGGAAAGGAUGAUGUGGCAGUGCCAUCCCACCUCUACAAGGUGAUCCUUGCCCGGCGGACCCGAACAUCCACGGAGCCUUUGGGCCUUGAACCCACCCAACUGAUGCCAAUCUGGAGCAAGGCACUGGGCACCCAGCACUGUAUCCUGUCACUCACCUGGCACCAUUUGAGCUUGGCUCCAAGCAGCCCCCGUCCCGUGGCAGGGGGCUAUGUCUGUGCAAGGAGGUAGGAUAAGGAAUAACAGCAACAUCAUAAUGACCCAGAUAAAUGCUUGAGAAGGAGCUGUUGGUGGAGAGGAGCAAGCAUUUUUAAGUUAGAGAUGAGUAACUUAUGGGCUGUGGGUUCCUUUGUCAUUUGAAGCAUCUUUGAAUGUGUUUUAAGGCAUUUCAUCUAGAUGGUGGCCACACACUGAGCUGAAGAUCUGCAUUUAAUGUCCUUUCCUUUUCCAAGUGGAACUCCAACAGCCUGCAAUGAGUUUAACAUACACUGUAUUUAGGUUGUAUGUUAGCACUUAAAUAAAUGUAAAACUGAUUUCCUCCCUUUGUUUGCAUGUGCUGCAGACAAGAUUUGUCCCAAACAACAUCAGCUCCCUACCUUCCUGCCAACACAGGCUCUCCUCUGCUCUGUGUUGGCUCCAUGGGAAAAGGGAAAUUGUGUUGGAGGGGAAAGGCUGUUAUUUGAAUUAAAAAGUCUGUUUUUCAGAGUAUUGGCACUGAGACUGGGACGUGGUGGUUGCCCACUCCUCUCUCGGUCCCCGCAAGUUUGUUCCUCACUGGGGAUUAUUGGUGCCUUUGUCUGUCCAGUUCAAAAUGUCACAUUUCCUCCUGCAAUUAGAAGGAGCUUUUAUCCGCAGGAUGGAUGUGUGUCUGAGGGGGGUGUUUUCAUUCCCGCUAGGUGAAUGUUUUAGUAGGCAGUGUCCAACACAUCACACAAAUACUUGAAACGUUUUAGUAAUACUAAAAGGCUGUUAUUGCAGCUUGCACGACCUUUCGGAGAUCGCUGCGAACUCACAAGAUGGAAUGAGCUUAUAAAAGGAAAUGUGGUCUUAUUUUUAAGCUAGGCCACGGGAGAGAAUUGGUUUAAGUGUGCUCAGUUCUCAAAAGGAACCACUCUUGCUCUUGCAAGGCCAGUGCCACCCCUCCUGAGCUCCCUCUAGGCAGCUGACAGCAAACCUCCACCACAUUUUGGUGCAGAGAAGGCAACAGAUGCCAAACGGCGCAUGCAGACAAGUAUAUCAGGCCAGAACUUUUCUUCUUCCAUGGGGCAAACAGAACUCCAAAGGGUUGGUGACCAGUUCUAAACAAUUCAGGCUUUUGAAGUAGGCUCUGAGUCUGACAAUCCCAGUUCUGCAUCAAAUCCCAAUCUGAAAAUGAAGAGCAUUUCCAAAGCCACUUGAUGUGGCACUGAUGUGGCCACCUUUAGUUGGAUUUCUGUCAGAACACUGAGCAGAAGUCAGCAUCCAUUGGACACUGCUGCAGAGCAUCUUCAGUGGUGCCAUCUCCCAGCAGUUGGGAGUUUGGUGCAUCACCUGAAGAUUCUCCCUUGCCUGUCUGUAGCAAACAUUCUGUUUCUCUUUUUCCUUGCACUCACUUUUACAUUCAUGUCCGUGCAAUAAAACCCAUCAGUGCUUCACUGUGCUCAUGCAAACACAGAGGUGAGUCAGUGCUGGUAAUGAUGCCUUCAAGAUAAUUACCCCCAGUUUGAUUGGGGUGAGGGGAAAAUCAUGAAUAUAGCCCUGAAUUUAACAAGCAUAAAAGAGCGUUUAAUUACUCUAGUUAUAUGGUUAUCCCCAGAUACUUUCUCAUUUGUCCAACAGGAUCUGCUCCUCUAGGGCAUGAGGUAAUUGCUGAUAUCCUUUCACGCUUCAGCAGCCCAUGGCAAUGCACCAGCUCCAUGUCCAGCUCCAAGGGUGUCAGCACCCCACUGUUGGAAGAAGAUGAGCCCAUGUAGUAGGGAUACUUAAGCUGGGAAAAAGGGCCAGAGGAUUCUGAGGCAGCAGAGAAUGUGCUAGGAAAAUGCACAGGCCAAGAACAAGGCUUUAUUUGUUUAAUUUACAUCUUUACUUAAUUGAACACCCCCCUGAAGCUGUCCAAAGCCAGGUUGGAUGGGCCCCUGUGCAACCUAAUCUACUGCCUGGUUUAGUGGUUGGCAACCCUGCCAAUGGCAGGGGGUUGGAACUGGGUGAUCUUUGAGGUCUCUUCCAACCCAAGCCAUUCUAUGAUUUCUGACAGAAACACCUGAAUGUGCCUUGAAGUUCAUGAAAGAACAGCCUUGCUCAAGGAUUUUACACCUUUCUAUCUGAUUCUGAUUUGACAAUAUAUCUGCAAGCACAGCAUGACAUUUACAGUUCUUACUAAUGUCUGACUAGUGCAAUAUUAACUAUGGAGUAGACACACUCUUCUUAAUGGAGCAAGGUGUAGCUCCAAAGGAGCCCGCAUGGCAAAGCAGAGGCCUUGACUAUAGUGUUUGA